AUGAACGCCUUCACUGCUUUCCUCAACGCUACUUCCUCGAUCGCCAACAAGGCUAUCAACGCUACCGCUAACUUCCCCAACAGCACCCUAGUGCACAAUGUCUUCAGCACCCUCUGCUGUGUUUCUGACACCGCCGAAGAAGCUACUCAGAUGCCUCAGGAGAGACAAUGUCUUCUCCAGGUCCCAGGUACUCCAAUUACCUCGGAGCCCUCUGCAUCUGUUGAUCCUCAUGGAUCCACACAAGACUCGCCAGCCAUCGAACCAACCCCCGUGGUGAUGCCUGGAACCUUUCCCCCAGAGGAGGCUCAAGCUUCCUCAGAGUCUUCCCCAGACUCUUCUCCUGAAGAGUCGACCCCAGAGGAGUCUGCCCCUUCCCCAGUCCAGAGGGCACCUUCUCCUCGCCGUUCUCGUCAGCCUAGAGCCACCGACGAAUGGCAGACUGUGGUUUCCCAAAAGAGGAAGUCACCUUCUCCCCCAAUUGUUAUUACUGCUCUGGUUGUCAAGCCCACGAGCAUCAAGCAAUUGAGAAAGCCCAAGCAGCAGACAGAGGGCAGGUACAAGGAGCCUUUCUACGAUGUCAGCAAGCAGAUCACGCAGGCUAACAUCUUUGCCUUCCUUGGCGAAUAG